UCUAUGCCGAUCUACUUUCGAACCACAACAGAGACUGAAGCUGAACGCUAAACUCACCACAACAGGACAAACUUAAGACUGAUUUUCAUCCAUAAUUCAUCUAUUUUAACUGCAUGAAAAUGGAAGGUAAAGGCGCAGGCUAUUGCGGCAGAUGCUUGACGUUCAUUGCCCGGACCAGUAAGAUGUUAACAAUUUCGAGUCUGGUUGGUGUUGCUUUUGGAGUUGUUCUCGGCAUGGUCCUGAAGACCUUCGUCCAUCUGUCAAACCUCGACAAGCUCUACAUCGGCUUUCCGGGAGAAGUACUUAUGCGUAUGCUUCAGUUGGUUACCGUUCCUCUCAUUGUAACAAGUGUGAUAACGGGAGUUUCUAGCCUAAGUCUUGGCACCUCCAGAAUAAUCACUAUCCGUGCAGUAGUGUACUUUAUCACAACCACUCUUCUGUCUGUGACUACAGGAUUAAUAUUGGUGCUGUUGAUCAAGCCCGGGGUUGGUCAUACUCCCAUUGAGAUAGAUGAUGACGAUGAUGAAACCUUCUCCACAGUCAACGCCUUGUUGGAUCUAAUCAGGAACAUGGUGCCACAAAAUCUGGUUCUGGCCAGCUUUCAACAGUACAAGACUCAGAAGGUGGAGAUUGAAGUUGAAGUAGUCGAUCAAAAUUCAAGCCUGGAAACGAAAACCACCGAAGUGCGCCUGGUGGGCAAUCAAAUUGAUGGAUUCAAUACUUUGGGAGUGAUUGUCUGGUCUUUUAUCUUUGGACUGGCCCUCAGGAAGAUGGGCGACAGAGGGAAACUGUUUGUGGAUAUUCUAACUGCCAUCAACGAAGCCACCAUACACGUGGUCAGAUUGAUAAUAGGCUUCUUGCCGAUAGGAGUGCUGUUCAUGACUGCGAGUUAUGUUGUUGAGGUUGGCGACGACUGGGAGACUGUCUUCAAAAUGGGAAAGUUCACGGCGGUGGUUGUCUGUGGGCUCAUGAUCCACGGAGGACUAGUUCUACCACUGAUCUAUAUCCUGUGUGUGAGGCGUAACCCCUUUUCUGUCAUUAAGGGGGUUUCCCCCGCCUUAAUUAGGGCCAUACUCAUCUCACGCAGCUACGCGUUCUCACUGACUUUCCGAUGUUGUGAGGACGUAAACAAGAUUGACAAAAGAAUCACUCGCUUCAUGCUGCCUAUUGGGAUAAAUAUCAACAUGGACGGAACGGCCCUUUAUGAAAUGGCUGCAGUAGUUUUCAUCGGCCAACUCAACAACAUCAAUCUGAGAUGGAGCCAGUUAUUUACCAUUGCUAUGACAGUCGCAGUGUCCAGUGUUGGUGAAGCAGGGAUCCCAGCCACAGGAACAGUCACCACCCUCUUCAUUUUGACAGUCAUUGGGAUACCUGCAAGGGACGCUUCCCUUUUGCUGGCUUUAGAAUGGCUGCUAGACCGCGGCAACACUGCCGUCAACGUCCUGGGAGACUGCCUUGGCGUGGCCAUCGUUGAGCAUCUGUCGAGAAAAGAACUGGACGAAAUGGAGGAGCAGAAUGUGACAAGCACCAUGGUAAUGGAGCCUUACACUGACAGUGAGGAGCUUCAGGUCCAGGUGGAGGUUCAUGCCAGCAGCCAGGUCCCUACUCAAGUCCCAGGACAACACGGAAAGGCCACAGCUCCAAGACAGCAGCCGAAGCCCAAACAUGUGUAGCCUCAGCUCAGCGUGAACCAGGUCUGAGCAUCAACAACGUGAACAGGGUUGACAUUGAAAAUAAUUCUCACCCACCAAGAAUUGCACUGUCUCUAUUUGAUUUGUUAUAAUUUCAUUCAUUUGCCGUUGCAUUUAUCACAUUUUUUGCUUUUUGAUGUUGUCAGUGUGUUGUAAAAUAAGUCAAUUGGCAAGUAUUUGUUAAUUUGCUUUAUUGGGAAUCAAAUUUAUCCUGUUUUGUAUUUUAUGUAGAUAUAAAGUAAUUGUGCACAGUUAGAAAAAAAAUGUGUUAUUUGACUUUGCUUCAUUUAAUUUUCAUUUCAUUCAUUUGUAUUUUGAUUUUGUCAGUGUACUUUUAAAUAAGCUUUUAGCGUUGGUUUCUUAAUUUGAUUCAUUAGGAUUCAAAUGUGUUUUAUGUAAAUAUAAUUGUAAGUAAGAUAGAGACAGCAGCUCAAGUACGAGUGGCCUCAGCUCAGCAUUAACAGGAUCUGAACUGCUGGCUGAAAAAUAAUUCUCUGAAAAAAUGUAGUUAUUGCUUUUUCUU